UGCAAAUUGUUUGCGGCGACUACGGUAACGCCGUUACGGCGGCAAUCUUUAGUGACAUUUCUCUGUAAAACAAACAACAUGGCUUAUAUUGCUAUUUUGUGGUUGGUUUAUUUUUGGCCCUUGUGCCUUUUCAUCUCUAUAUUGUUUUGUUGACUACUCUUAUACCAUAAAUAAACAGUGAAAUAUGAUGAACGAUACUGCCUGAGUUGAAGACAGAAACAGAAUACACAGAACACGAGAAAAAACGGCAAGAAACACAAUUAACCUUAAUUAAAGUGUAACGAUGUGCAGCACAUAUACAAACAAUAUGGCCUCAGUUGACUUGUCAGACCGUAUUGGCGGAUUGUAGGCGAAGCAAAGAGCUAGUGCGCAGUACAUUUAUGAAUGAGAGCAAUGGGAAUAUCUGUGGCAAAAGCAACGUAAAUUACAGAAACGCAUUUUGCCAUUGACAAUAACAUUACACCGACUCCAUUCGACUCGAUUCGACUCGACAGAAUAUAAUUUAAAUUGAACAAAUAAAAUUUCAAUUGCACAUUCGAAAACAAACUGAAGAAGAACAUUCACGUACACACACUUACGGUUUACAGUAGAUACAUAAACACAAUCACAUUUUAUACACGGUGAAUGAACACACAGUGAAAUCGUCAUCGUGACAAAACUGUGUAUUCAAGCUGUAAACCGAAUUCGAAACGGUUUUUGACAUGUUUCAAUGGAACAAAUUGAUGAUUGUUGUCAUCGAUUUGAACGGCUUCGCCAUCAACGACAUCAACAUAUGUGCACUAUACGACCGAAUGACCACCACCAUCACAUUCCAACAGUUGCAAUUCAGUCAUUAGACACAGUUCGUGCACUUCAUCAGACGGUUGUAUCGCUACGCAAAGCGCUUGAAGACGCACAUCGCGAAAUCGACUCACUGAAAAAACAAAUCACUGUAAAAGACGACAUUGAAGAGGGCAAAAAGUUUCGCGACCAACAAUUAACCAAAUCAAAUGAGAGCCUAUCACAUUUACCGUUAACUAUUGAUUUGAGCACAGUCGACGACGACGACGACGACGACGACGCCGACGGCACACAAUCCAGACAAAAGCAAUCAAAUCGAAGCACAUUCACAGUUCGCAAUAGCGAUGAGAAUAAAGCGGCCGAUGUGCCACUCAUACAUCGUUCGAGCAAAUCGCUAAAUUUAAACGAUCAAUCAGAUUCAUCCAGCCGCCAAGCGGUCACCAGCAAACAUUCGCAGUUAAGUGAACAUUUUGAGCAGCACGUUACAACGCACGAGAGCCAACACCAACAACUUGUGGAGCAUCCAAUCCAAACUGAUAUCAAAGUAAAGAGCCCUGACACUCGUACAACAAAGACAUCACUUACGCUGCUGCCACAUAAGCGGCUACCACAAAUGGCUUCCAAAAUUGAUGUAAAAAUUAAACUAACAUCGAAUUUUCAAAUUGACGGUAGUGAAAGUGGCUCCGAAACAACAGGCGAUAGUAAUUCCGAAACGGUAACGCCAAGAGAAUCAUCGACCGACACUGCAAACGACAAAGCGAACGUAAAUGUUGAAACGAGUGAUGCUAUCGAAGUAGAAGGUAACCAACAGAAUAUACCGAUUGUAACAGCUUCCGCUGAAAAUAUCCAAGUAGACGAGACACGAGACUCAGAAACGAACCAAGAAUCAGAGCAACAAUUCGACACCGAAGGUGCUGUCGGAGGUAUUGAUGACGACUCCGUAUUUGUUGAUGAUGGAGGUGUAGCGAUCGCAUCAAAGGUUGCGUUAUUGCAAUCUUCACCGCAUCGUUCAUCGUGUGACAAUGAUGAAGAAGUUGAUGAUAUUGAAUUGAUUUUGUCAUCGGACGAUAAAGAAUUCCCACAAGAAGAUUUAGUAUCAAUAUCAUAUUACGAGCCAUGGCAAAUGUGCGGCCAAUCCGGCACUCCGAUCCUAGUGAAUUUCAAUAACAUUUCAUCGGACAAUGAGGGCGCCGACGAUGGUGAGAGUCGUGAAAAAUUGUCAGCAUCACCGUCACCGAUCGACCCCGACCAGUUCUACAAUGCAAUCAAAGAGAAUGUGGCACAGCAACAGCAACAAUUGAGCUUAGAGAGCAGUGAUAGCCUAAGUUUAGGCGAAAAUAUGAGACAAAGCUAUGACAUUAAUACGAAAUCAUCGAGCUUGGAUAAGGAGUCUUACCCAAAGACUAGUGAUGAAAAUGGUUUCAUGCGCGACGAGAGUUUUGAUACAUUUGAACAGCCUGGAUUCAGAUCAACCAUGGGCAGACGUUGGACCAAUUAUAAUGUGUUCCAAGAGACAGAUAUUUCGAAAAUUGGAAUAAUUGAGGAGGGAGUUCCAGACAAAAGCAGACGUAACACAUGCCCCAAUCCAACGGCAUACAGACCAAUAAUUCAUCGCGAGGCAAUCGGACGAUUUUUGAAUAACAAUAAUAACAAUGCUGGCACUUCCGUACAGCGAUGCCCGCUAUCAGUGAAAUUUGCGCGAAAUGCUCGCACGCAUCUGUCAUCGGUGAACAACAAUCGAGCACAUGGAACAGAUCCAGGCUCAGUUGGGCCCAAGCGAAGUAGCGCAGUCCAAACAGACAUUACAUUAUCCACGCUGCCAGAGCAUUGGCGUUCUGAAAGCCAAUUGAUGGCUGGCUUUAACAACGGAUUCUUUACGUUACCAUCCAAAUUUAUCGCAACUCCUGGCCAAAACGUUUCCAAACACCCAUUAAAAAUUUCGGAAAAAACGCGAGAGGCACGACGAGUUUUGCUAAGUGAUAUCAAUUUCACCAGCAUGGUACCCGAAUUGUCACGAUCUGCUGACCAUUUAUGUCAUGGGGAGGAGCAACAAAAUUCCGAGAAUAACAAUGAAGACGCCAACGAAUAUCUGAAGGGACCGUUUCUCAAAAUGCCAGACUAUGGAAAUAGAGGAAUAACGCCAAGUAUGAGCCUAACUUCGCCGGGUGUCUCGCAAUGGACUGUGAACGAAAGUAGCUUUGGCACACAAACAAUGCAAACGGAUAACAAUUGGAGCGUACAGCACGGUGACUCGUUCGAUUCGUGUAAAAGUUAUUCGAUCGGUUCGAAAUUGUCGUUUGGCAAGCAUAAUCGGUCAAGAAGUUGUCCAUCGGUCCGAUGUGCUCUUUGCAAGCAUCGUCAUCAUGGUGGCAUCAAAAUGUCCGAAAGUAUGCACUAUACCCCGCGUGUCACAUUUCAAGAGGCGAAAGGUAAUUCGGUGCGUGGAUCGUUGCCAGAUUUAAGACCUGAAUGUGCAUGCGGUUGCCUUCGAUCGCGAAUCACAUCACGUUCCACUGCAUUUCGACACGGCGAUUCAUGCGGCUCAACCGAAAGUAUUUUAGAUGAAGCUGAAGAUUUUCUGCGUGAAUCAAUUGAUGGCGUUUUGCUGCAUGAUUCCGACACAGCACAUUCAAGCGGAUUCCUUGCAAAAGGCACAUCGCGACGAUGCUCAGAGAAUGAUAUUAACAAAAAGGAUUUCAGCCCGUCAAAACAGACGUUACCAUUUCUACCAAAAACGUCAAAAUGUUUGAAGCCAGGACAUUUGGCUAAAGUGAUUGCUAAAAAUGGACGCGUAGUCAUUGGGCGCGUUCGUUAUGUUGGACCGUUAGCAUCAAGUAAUGCUGAAACAACUGGGAUUGAUAAUGAAAAUGAAACAUAUGUAGGCCUGCAAUUGCCGAACAAGAUCGGCGAUUGCAAUGGAUCAUUUGAGGGUCGCAAAUUUUUUGAUUGCGAACCGCAGCAUGGAAUUUUCGUCCCAUUUCAGAAAAUUGUAAUGGCCUGGACAUCCUAAGCUAGUUGUCCAAACAAACAAAUUUUUACUCAACAAGAAAAAGUACAACUGUAUGCAUUCUCAUUUGUCACAUUCAUUAAAACAACAACAACAACAAAAACUGCAAAGAGAAAGCUCAUUAUAAAAAACUUUUGUGUGUAUGUGUGCAUUGAUGUAUUUCAAGGGCUUGUAUUUAAUUGCAAAAGGGAACAAAUUAUUAUAUGUAUGUAUCCAUAAUUUAGAGUGAAUAGGAGAGAAAACUAGCAAAACGCUCAUUUUUGAGACUGUAAAACCUUUGUAAAGGCUGUCGGAAAUUUAGUGCUCAUGAUUUUCAACACAUACAAAGUGAUGCUUUAUUUUGCUAAUGUUGACACUCUUAUAUUAUGUGGUUUAAAACUUAUGUGGAAAAAAAAGAGAUAAAUAAAAAAAACUGAUACAGAAUGUCCACUAGCGAUGAUGUCAGAGGUCAUGAACAAUUUACGAAAACAACAGCAACAACAAUCAAUCACAUCAAAAGCGUUUCGCACAAUGUGAAACUGGUGAAAGCAUUUGCUAUGUAUGGAAAACCGUAUUCGAAACAGUACAACUAAGAGCUAAAGUCAAAGAUUCGGAAUUUGUAUAUUUGUUAGGAAAGAUGUUAAGAGAAACAAAAUAAUGUGUGAACAAAAUCAUUAAGAAUAUCUUAUUAUAAUUAACAAUAAAAACUUGAACAAAAAAAAAA